AUGACGUAUGGCCACUGCUCACUCCCGUGCUGCGCCGGCCCAGCAGUCUCGUCCCAGUCCAGUGCUCCAGCUCGAGGAGGACGCCCCUGGUGCAGACAUGGCCUUGGAAUAAUUGGUGGAACAGGCUUGGAUGAUCCAGAAAUUUUAGAAGGAAGAACUGAGAAGUAUGUGGAUACUCCAUUUGGCAAGCCACCUGAUGCCUUAAUUUUGGGGAAGAUAAAAAACGUUGACUGUGUACUUCUUGCAAGACAUGAGAGACAGCAUACCAUCAUGCCUUCAAAAGUCAACUACCAGGCGAACAUCUGGGCUUUGAAGGAAGAGGGUUGUACACAUGUCAUAGUGACCACAGCUUGUGGGUCCUUGAGAGAGGAAAUCCAGCCUGGUGACAUGGUCAUCAUCGAUCAGUUCAUUGACAGGACAUCCCUAAGGCCUCAGACCUUCUAUGAUGGAAGUCACUGUGGCGCCAGAGGAGUGUGCCAUAUCCCAAUGGCUGAACCGUUUUGCCCCAAAACAAGAGAGGUCCUCAUAGAAACAGCUAAGAAGCUUGGAUUUCAAUGCCAUUCAAAGGGGACAAUAGUCACAAUUGAGAGACCUUGUUUCAGCUCUUGGGCAGAAAGCUUGGUAUUCCGCACUUGGGGUGCGGAUGUUAUCAAUAUGACUACAGUUCCAGAGGUGGUGCUUGCUAAGGAGGCUAGAAUUUGCUAUGCAAGCAUUGCCAUGGCAACCAAUUAUGAUUGUUGGAAGGGGCAUGAAGAAGCGGUGUCAGUGGAUGGGGUUUUAAAGACCAUGAAAGAAAAUGCCAACAAAGCCAAAAGUUUACUUCUUACUACCAUACCUCAUAUAGGGUCAAUGGAAUGGUCAGAAACGCUCCAUAACCUGAAGAACAUGACCCAGAGUUCUGUUUUACCACCAAGACACUAAAACAACAUGGUCGCCACAAGGA